AUGUCGUCCAAGCCAGCGCGCAAGACCCUGCGAGCCAAGGCGACGCGAGGCAAGGCGACGCUGCUGACCAGCCCGCCCGUGGACGCAGAGAGCUACAAACCCAUUAUCCAAGCUUUGCGCUCGAUCAAGCAAGUGUUGCCGUUCACGUCGUUUGACCUGCCGACGCACCAGGGGCCCCUCCUGCGCGUUAGUACCAUGGACGAGUACCUCGGCUGGCCGCUCUGCAACCACCAAGCUUACGAAGUUAUGGCCACCUACAUGGAGACCAAGGGUGUUGCCAUCGUUCCGGCGGCGCAGCUCACGAUCGAGAGCGACAACUGGAAGAGGUCGUUGAACGACGACGUGUUGCCGCGGCUAAUCACCGGUCUGCAAGUGUACGCUCCAGUGUCUCUGUACUUGUCGCACUUGGCGCUCGACAGCAUUGGAUCCACCGAUGCGCUCGUGCCAGCGACGAGCCGGCCCAACAGCUUUGGCUCGAUUGCGAUCUUGUUGCCGACAACCUACAGUGGUGGCGCGGUGACGUGCCGGGAGGGGAUGUCCAGCAAUACUAUAUGGGGCGAUGCACCGGCGCUGACGCGCACCCACUGCGCUGCGAUGGCGGCGACGACAACGGUGACGGUGGCGCCCAUCACGUCGGGCCGCCGCGCCGUCCUAGUCUACCACCUCGUCUACGACAGCCCCGUCGAGAGUCCCCAGAGCGUGAUCAGUAGUAGCAUCGAUGCGCUGCGUGGACUCGCGGCCAAGCUGCGCCACAAGCACAACCUCAUUGGCUGCGUGCUAGAGCGCAACGCGCUGGACGCACUCUCGCACGGCGACAACCGAUUUGCCCGCGCGCUGAUGACGUCUGGCGCCUACGACGCUGUGCUCGUCGAGUACACAACCCACUGCUGCCACCAUGUCGUUGCGUCCACCUACGCGCCCGCGCCAGGCAUGCAGCUUCCAUUUUCGCUGCUAGAAAGUGUGCUCAGCAUGAAACCCGAGGUGUCCAUCUCGAUCGGUCACGCUACCGCCGGCCCCGACUGCUGCUCGAUGCUGUUUUGGCUCAAGGCGCACCGCCACCGCGUCGUGUCGCUCCUACCAGCGCUGAAAUACGCGGUGCACGGACGCCGUAGUGCCUGCUCGGUCGAUGAGCUGCCGUCGACCGUGGAUGGCCUGCCGUUUGACGCUGACACCACCGACGCCCUCCUUGGCCAAGCAUCGCCCACCGCUCUCCUCGAAACUCUCUUGCCUCGCUUCGCCGACGCCGAAGAGCAGGGCACCACCAACUCCUACACCGAGUCGGUCGUGGCAUGCUUUAAAGCGCUGCUUCGGCUCGGACGUCUCGACCUUGUCCAGCGCUUCGUCGGCAUGUACCUCUGCGUGGACAGCGACUAUGACCACGACACGGCUGUGGGACCGUGGAUUCAUCGCUGCCUCGAGACGUUUGGCUGGGAGCCGUUGGCGUCGGCAAUCUACAGCAUGCUCCGUCGGUGGCGAAGCACCAAGCUCGGCGUCUCGUGGGGCUACUGCCUUGUCGUGGACUUGGCGGGCGUCACUGAGGCCCCCGUGUGCUUACCGCUUCUCCAGCCAUUCGCGACCGAGUGCAUCACUGAAAUGUGGACGCUUCUCGCCGAGGGCGCGCCCCUCUUUGCCGAUUUCGAAGUCACGCCGUGGUACAAUGUCAUGACCAUCGACAUUUGCCGCCAAAGCUUGCAGCUCGAGGUGCACGCAGCGACUGCGUCCGUCGCCGACCGCUGGCUCUACAACCGCCUGCCCGACCUCAUCGUCGCCAAGGUCGCAUCGUACCUCGGACCCGCCAACCACGUACAGCGCCUUGCCGAUAUGAACGUGUUCCACCCGGUUUUCGACAUGGCACUGGGUGUCGUCGCGCUGCUGGCGAAGCGCCAGAAUGACGUCGCCCAGCGCUUUCUCCCGAGCGUCUUCGAGGGCAUGGACCACUCUGGCGACCAUGCGACGUACACGGUUGAUGUCGCCUACAGCCUCUUGGUCUUGGCUGCCUUUGAAGGCGACGACGGCCGCUGGCGGAGCACGCUAAGCAAAUGCGGCAACGAGCUCGGGAUUGGCAUGGCGCCUGCCCUGAUUAGCUUUACCGAGCAGUGGCCGCAGCUCGCGACGGCACCGAUUAUCGACACGUGCGUGGCAGCCCUCUUGCAUCACGCCACCGAAUCGAUCGAGCCGGUGUCAACGGUGCUCGGCCACUACGAGCCGGAUGUGACACUCGAUCGGAUGAGCCCGACGUCCUUGAUGCUCUUGGACGCCUUGUAUUUUAUCAGCGAACACAGUGCCACGGAGGCGGAAGCGGUCGCUCGUCGCGUCGCCGCGCAUUUGACCGACCCCGACGAUGCGCGCGAGAUCCUGUACCCGGUCGUCGUCCACAUGGACAAAGCGUCGCCCGCUUUCGCAUGGCUCGCCAACGCCUUCCUCGACACACUCUCGUACUUGCGACAUGGCGACAACCACUACGCGCUGCCGUUUCUCACCCACGAGACGGCCGACUGCUGCGACCAGUAUGCUGCGGUUGCCGCCUUUUUGCUGGCGCCGGACGUGGCCGAGCUGCAGCUGCCCGCGGCGUCGUGCGUUCGCAUCCAUGCGCUUGUCCGCCGGUGCCCCGGGCACCUUCGGUGGGAGUCCACGGACGACGACGUCGCCAACGAAGCGUCGCGUCUCGUCAAGCGGCGACCGCCGCACCACCGGGGGCCACCGGAAGCACACCUUGUUGAGGCAUAUACGCGGGAUGCAAAGAUGGCGGCGACCGUGCAUGCGCUUCUGGAAGACAACAUGUAUGCAAUCCGCCAUCUCUUUCACGACGCAUGAUGAUGAUGCGCUGGUCGACCAGAUACCGG